AUUUAUUUAAUAUUUAUUUCCACUUAUUUAUUUAAUAUUGCAUUAGGUGACGGGAUGUUGUAUUGGUAUGAUACUACCGAGAAUAGAAACAAUGAUUUUAGAAUGUCAAAUGUCCCAGAUAACACCUACACUGAAGACCUUGAUUGCAUCCAACCUUUUUUAAAUGAUGAUCAAGGUAUGUUAUAUAACAAAGGGGAGUUUAGAACUUUUGCAACCAUUAUUCAAGGUGAACCACUAGAGGUCUUUUUAAAUCAAAACAACAGUACUGACUUUAAUAAAUACAACUAUUAUGAAAAUGCAAAACAGGUUAUUGAAACCAGUGAAGAUGAUGAUUCUUACAUUCAAGAUAAUAUUGUAUUGGUUAAAAAUGAAGAUUCAUUUGAUCAAUGGACCAAUUUAAUUGACCCAAGUGUAACUUUAACAGGCUCACAAUUUUUCCAAAUUGACCCAUCAAAUACAAGUUAUUACUAUAAUGAAAGUUUCUUCCCAAUUGAUGGAUUAGGUUUUGGUGAAUAUGAACAAAAAAAUAAAAAUCACAAUUACUUUUGGUGUUCAAGAAUUAGAUUCUUAAGUCAAGUUCCAAUGGAUCAAGAUAAAGAAAUGAUAAUCAAGUAUGGUGCAUCUGAUGAUAAAUUCCUUUUUGUAAAUGACGAAUUGGUUUAUAGUUUUAUUGGUGUAACCGACAGACACGAAAAAGAAAUAUUAAUAAAUAAUAAUACAGACAUUAAUGGAAGGGAAACAAUGCAACCAGGUGAUAAAUUCGUUAUAGAUUUUAUUAAUUGUAAUAGAAAGGAUAGAGAUGAUUAUCAUUUAUUAAGCAUUGAUGCAAAUUUCCCAUUAUUUUGUAUUUAAAAAUUUUAAAUAAAAUUUAUUUAUUAAAUUUUAUCAUUU